AUGAUCGGGCUGAUCGGGGUGAUGGGUGGCGCUGCAGCACUGGAGAUCCGCAGGCUGCGGCACCACCGCGGCCAGGACGACAAGGACGGGCAGGUCAAGGAGCUGAAGAAGACCGUAGAGCAAUAUGCCAAAGAAUUAGAGCAAGAGCGCCGCGUUGCGGCGGCAGCGGCGGAGCGCGCCAAUGCGCUUGCCGCCGAGGCGGACGGGCUGCGGCGCGACACUGAUCACCUGCGGGGCGCGGCCGAGUCGCUGGGCAGGAACAAGGAGGAACUGGCUCAGCAGAAUGCGCAGCUGUUGCUAACCAACCUCAAGCUGAAGGACGAGUCGCAGCAGCUGGUAGAGGCCAAUCGCCUGCUAACGGAGAAGAUGACGGAGCUAAGCGCCGAGCGGGAAGCCGAAGCAGCGCAUUUUGCUGCAGAGCUUGCAGCACUGCGCGACCGCGUGGCGGGCGUGCUGCAGCGCAUGUUCAGCAGCGAGAUUGAUGAGGGCGCCGCUGUCGAGGCACUGCGGGAGUUGGGCUGUGAGGUGACCUUCGUGCCCGACACAACAGCAAGGACAGAGCAGUCUCAUACCAGUGCCAGCCAGCGUGCCAUGCAGGCCACCCUCAACAUUUCUGGCGCUAGCAGCACUUCCGGGGCCAGCACACCACGCUUCACGCUGUCAUGGCUGGGCGGCGCCCCAGAGAGCACAGGGUUGGGCACUAGCAGCGCAAAUGCUGCCGUGCAGCAGCAGGGAGUUGAGCAGCAGUUGGUCAAGAUUGCUCAGGCCAAAGCUGCCAGCGACGUUCCUCGGGGCGGUGGGGACAAUUGCAAGGACGAAAACGUCACGUCGGGCGGCAGCCUGGGCAAGUCUGUCAACAGGAGCAAUGGAUGCGUCGAGCAGGGCGGCAACCUGGUGUUUGCAUCCCAGGCCAAGGGCACGUCAACAAAGUCGCGCCUAGGCCUCAGUCUGACAGAUGCCUCCGGCAUAUUCGGGAGCAGCAAGAAGGGCGCAAGCGUGUCAAGCGGUCGCUUCGAUCAGGCGAUGGUUGCUGGGCAAGAGGACACCGGCAGCGAUCUGAGCGGGUCAAAGGACCUGGUGGCGCGCAAGUGA